CCUCCUGCUCCUGCUGCCGCCGCCGCCGCCGCGGAGGGAGGCGGAGGAGCGGCGCGGCGCGGAGCGGGGCCGGCCGGGGCGGAGCGGGGCGCGGCCAUCCGGGCACCAUGGCGGCGGCGGAGGAGCUGGCGGGGCGGCUGGGCCGGCGGCUGCAGCUGCGGGAGGGCGAGGCGGAGGCGGCGGCGGGGCCGGGGCCGGGGCCGCGGGCGGCGGGGGGCGGCGAGGGGUCGCCGGGCGGCGGGCGGCGCGUCUUCAGCCCCGGCGGCGAGUUCCGCGAGUUCUCCCGGCGGCAGCUCCGCGACAUGGAGCGGCUCUUCCGACAGUACGACGCGGGCAGGGACGGCUUCAUCGACCUCAUGGAGCUGAAGCUGAUGAUGGAAAAGCUGGGAGCGCCGCAGACGCACCUGGGGCUGAAGAACAUGAUCAAGGAGGUGGACGAAGACCUGGACAGCAAGCUCAGCUUUCGGGAGUUCCUGCUCAUCUUCCGCAAGGCGGCGGCGGGGGAGCUGCGGGAGGACAGCGGGCUGCACGCCCUGGCGCGCCUCUCCGAGAUCGACGUCUCCACCGAGGGCGUGAAGGGCGCCAAGAGCUUCUUCGAGGCCAAGGUGCAGGCCAUCAGCGAAGCCAGCCGCUUCGAGGAGGAGAUCAAGGCCGAGCAGGAGGAGAAGAAGAAGCAGGCGGAGGAGCUGAAGCAGAGGAAAGCGGCCUUCAAGGAGCUGCAGUCGACGUUCAAGCAGUGACGGGAGGCCGGCGCGGUGCCGGCACCAUUGCGCGUCUGCAGCGCCGCCGGCCCGGCGGACCGGCCCCGGGCGCCGCGGUGCCCCUGAGCCCGUCGGGCCGCCGAUGCCCUCGUCACCCCGGCGCUGCCGGGAGAGCCCGGGCCGGCCCGACGCCUCCGCUCCCGGCCCCUCCGGGCGCUCUCCGCGGAAACGCGCGCCUGCCGGGCCAUCGCCCUGCAUUGCUCCUCGGCGCCGUGCGUCCCCGCGGGCGCCGUUCUGUGUUGCAUGCGCUGUGGUUUUUAUUUCGUUUCGGUUUGUUGCACCUCGCCGCGGCGCGUCGGCCGUCGCGGCGGGAGCGUCGCCCGCUGGCGUCCGCUCGUAGGCUCCCCGUGUUGCGCCCCGUGACGUUCGUCCCCGAAGCCGGUCGUGCCGUGCGUGAACGUGAGCCUGGAAAAGCCGCCGCGCUGGUGUCGGCGUCCGGCCGCUCGCGUGUUCGGUGUUGGCGUUUCCUCUGCAGCCUGGAGAGGAUCCAGCAGAGCCAGCGCUUUCCUCGUCCCGCCGGGGGAAAGCAAAGGUUUGCUCGGUUGCUCCUGGACUAACACUUUAUUUUGGUAAAAGACGUACGAAGAGGCCACUGAUGGAUGGAGAAGCUUUAUUUUAUUUUAUUUUUUUCAUAUCGCAAUCAGCCAAAAAUGGAGAGUAUUAUAGCAACUAGUUUCUUCCGUCGGUCUCCCGGUUUUCCUGUAGGAAACGUUCGUACAGGUGAGCCGAGAGAGGCGUGUUUUUCUCGGAAGCUCCUUCCAUGCAGUGGUACGGGUGUUUUUUUUUAAUCCCAAAUAAAUAUUAUAUUUCCUAA